UAUAAAUCCUCAAAUCAACACCGGCUGUCUGGGAUCUUUAUGUACGUGGGUUCUUAAUCGUUCGUUACUUGUCUUCCGACCGCAGUAGUCACACGAAAUGAUGCGCUGUCUUUCGCUGUUGGUUAUUGUUUUGGCUGGUAGCACCUUUACAGUGCUAGAAGGUGCGCCAGCUCCCGAAACAACGAAACUAUUACCGAUGCCAUCCGAAGAUACAGACCGGAAUGUUAUAACGUGUUCCCUUUGCAAUGAAUUCGUGACCGAUAUCUACCAGCUACUGCGGAAUGAAAGUGUAACCGACGAGCAAAUCAUCGAGUACGUUGUCGAUGUCUGUGUAAGACUAGACAUUUUUGCUAAUCCUGAUCAAGUAUGCGGCGGAACGGCACGCAUCCUCCUGCCAACUAUCAAAUACAUUGACAGCAGCAACGUGGUUACUUUGGGAAACGUUUGCGGCAUGCUUAUCCAAGACCAGGAUUGUAGACUGUCUAAUCCAGAACAGUUAGAAUGGGCCAUCGACAUCAACGCAGAUACCAAACCGCCCGUGAAUCAAUUAAGCCCGCCUCCGGAAGGAUCACCAACAGUCAAAGUUCUUCAUUUGACUGAUCUUCAUUGGGAUCCCGAAUACCUCCCUGGAUCGAACGCUGUGUGCGGAGAUCCACUUUGCUGUCGCGCUACCUCCGGAGAGGUUGUAAACGCCACAGAUGCUGCUGGAUAUUGGGGUGAUUAUCGUACUUGUGAUCUACCUUGGUAUUUGGUAGAAAAUGCCGUAGCUCAAAUGGCUGCCCUGCAUACGGAUGUUAGUUAUAUUAUCUGGACAGGAGACUUGACACCUCACGAUGUGUGGUCCACAGAAAAAGCUGAGAAUGUUAUGAUCAUUGAUCGUUUGAUGACUCUCAUACAGCAAUACUUCCCCAGCGUUCCUGUCUAUCCUACUUUGGGAAACCACGAGUCUCAUCCAGUCAACUCCUUUGCUCCACCAGAAAUUACGGACGUCGAACUCAACACCGCUUGGCUUUAUGACGAAGCAGACCGACAAUGGGCACGAUGGCUUCCGGCUGAUGCCUCAUCCACGAUCCAGUACGGAGGUUACUACACUACUCUGGUUCAACCGGGUCUUCGCAUUGUCUCGAUGAAUAUGAAUUACUGCUACACUUUAAAUUACUGGACAUAUUUCAAAUCGCAAGAUCCAGCCUCUAGUCUUCUUUGGCUCAAUCAAAUUCUGGAAGAAGCUGAACUGAACGGAGAAAAAGUUCAUAUCCUCAGUCACAUUCCGCCUGGUAACGGCGACUGCUGGACCAUUUUCAGCCGGGAAUUUGCCAAGAUCAUUAACCGUUUCGAGUCGACGGUUGCCGCCCAGUUUUACGGUCAUACUCACAAAGACGAAUACAAAGUGUUUUACGAUACGGUCGACGUCACUCGUCCUGUCAACGUGGCUUUCAUCGCCCCAAGUCUUACUACCUACUCCAAACUAAAUCCGGGUUACCGAACUUACACAGUCGAUGGUCAACGCCCUGGCUCUACUUGGGCCGUGCUUGAUUUUAAUACUUACAUCAUGAAUCUGACUGAUGCCAACCUAAAAGGAGGGGACGUAGAGCCUGUUUGGACAGAACUUUACCAGGCUAAACAGGAAUAUGGCCUUACCGACUUGAGUCCGCAGUCGAUGGAUGCACUUUUCCAGCGUAUGUUGACAGACGACGCCCUCUUCCAGCUCUAUUUCAAGAACUACCACAAGAAUGCGGAUGAGGUUGUGGCUGAAGGUUGUACCAAUCGAUGUCGCUCAAAUUUGCUCUGCCGCAUCGUUACCACCGAUAUUGGUGACCAAAGCAAAUGCGAUCAAAUCCGUCAUGAGAUUUUCAGCCAUCCCGAAUUUUGACCAUUCAAUUUCUAUUGGUUUAACGAACGCAGCAGCAUGGACAAACCGUUUUGAAUAUUCUAGGAAAUACACGAUAGUUUAACAAU